AUGGAUUCAGAAGUUUGUUCUCAUAUCGCUAGGUGGUUCUUGGUUAUCGUGUGUUACCAUGCAUGUACUAUACGGGCUGAUGAUGGCGAUGAGUUCAGUAAUAAUCUUUUCAGCGACCUCGCACCGCUUCUCGCACUAUUCGGUGAGCAGGUUGCAAAACAGUAUCUUAGCCAGUCAUUAUCAUGGCUUGAUUGUGUCAUUUUCGCUAUGGCCCCUCUCGGAAUAAUCACAGCUAUAGUAUCGGCUAUCCGAGUUGCGGGACCGGCCUGGCUAAGAGCUGCCAUAGGAAGGGCUCGAGAAGUUGAGCGUGAUGCCGAGCUAGAGGUCAUGUCUAGCACAUCUGAGGAUGUCUGCGAGCUUUGGAAUGGCAAGAGGGUUGUUCGAUUAUUUGGCCAGCCCAAAUUCACAGAGAUAUUUUGGUUGGAAAAAGUGGGUUCAGACUCACAGGUUCAAGUGUGUGGUGACGAGACAAGUCCCAGAGAAACAUCCGAUAGGGCGAGCGCGAGGACCCAAUCGCGCAUCAACAAAUUAAUGCGGAUAUUCAAAGAUAGUUUUGAAAGACGUCUUUUUGUGACGCCUGGGCACGAGACCAGCUUUGAAUUGAAACGCCUAAGCUUCGGGACAUCGAGGUUUAAAGGAUGGCGUAUGAAACAAGAAAAUCUGAAGGAAAUAGUACCAAAAAACCUGGUGGGUACCUUUUUCAGUGCUCGAGAGGCUCGAGAAAAUGGGUUCAUCUACCAAUCUCAAUACCCAGAGGCUAAACUUCUAUCCCUUGAAGACGCGGAAAGGUCAGAACCCACUGUUCUACCCCCAACAAAACCGCCUAAUAUUUCCCUAAAUCUUCUGGGCGAUCCAACUUCUAAAGUUGAACUGGCAUUCGUUGCCCUUAUAACCACUGUUUUACAACUGGGUGUGGUCGCAUUUCAAAUCGCAAUCACAUACCUCUCCCCACUUAAUCGAGGCUUUACGAAAGGAGGGAACCUACCACCAAGUUAUGCGUGCCCUCUCAAUGUGGCUGGAACAUUUCUUGUUAUAAUGGGAAUGUUUAUAUGUGCUAUGGUGGUCCAAUGGAAAUCAAAGGAGCACAUUUGCCAGGUAGUUGCAGACCAGCAGUUCGAUAGCUACUGCCUCUAUCAUCCAGAAAAAAGACGAAAGGUGGUCUAUUCGAAUUUAAACAACGGUUUUAAGACUCAAAGCUUUUGGACGAUCAUUGGAUCUUUCAUCUCUAUUAUGGGUUUCGUCCUCCAAUUUACCGGAUUGAGAGGCAUGAACUACUCAGCGAGUUUAGUCCAACUAGGGGCCAUAGCAAUCGCAACAGCCCUUCGGGUUAUGAUCAGGAGACCUAUCAGUGACAAACCAGAGACUAAAAAGCUUUGCAAUACCGACGUACACGAGUCGGCAGCAAAGAUUAUAACUAGCUGUACGAAUUGGCGUGUCAGAAAUUUGAUAGAUACCCCGCGUAGCUCAAUUGAAGAAUUUGGAGGGGACCUCGGCCUCGGAACCGUCGAUGCGAUGCGCAAGCUCCAGGAAAUUUCUCAGUGGCCACCGGAAAAUACGGCCAUGAAUAAAAGAGCAGAGUCCCUCAUUCGUGCGAUCCAAGGCGUCGUCCAGUACCUUCAUCAUUCCGACAUAGUACUAAGAGAGGAAGCCAAAAACGAAACGUCGUUCGAAUUCCGAAUCCCUGUUACUUAUAUUUCCAAAGGGGGACAGCUUGGAGAACCAAAAAUGGGUGUCAUCAAGAUUAAAAUGGAAAGAGGCCACAUGAGCCCAAGCAACAGCACCGGGUUCGAUUGGGAAAUUGAUCAGGCAGCGAUCAAAGCAGUUCUUAAAUUGUGGGCUUCUGGCCAAAAAGAAAACGAAGCAAAUUCCGAGUCCAGUGGUGCACGUGAGAGCUUGAUCCUCCUAGGACCUCGAUCGGAGCUCAAUAUCCUCGACUAUGAGAUGUUUAUUAGCUACAAGACCCCAUGUCUUAAGCUAGAAAAUGGUUUGGACGGCCUUGAAAAACUGGGGCUUUAUCUUCCCGAGAGCCGAGUGUUUGGAUAUGUUGGCACCGAUAGGGCAGAGGAGCACCUGGCUUGUAAAACCACUAUGGAUCUUCAUAGCCUUCAUGCAAGACAUAUCCUAACUUGCUGCUUAAAUCAAUUAUUUGCGAAGAUAAAAUAUUUGAAAGAGCAAACAAGAUGGGCUCGUAUAGUCUCUUCGUCUGAGAUGUCUGGCCCCAAGAAUAGGAACCUCCUACGAGUAUUCGAUGCAUUUUUCCAAGUAAUACAGGACGCAAAAGUGGCCGAGUCGACGGCUAUUCAGCCUCAAGUCUCCAUAGAAGAAGUCUUCCGUACUGUCAUUUAUGCAGUUAGGAGAUUUCGGGAGAAUAACCAUUGGCUUUAUGUUGGUGAUACUCUUUUCGGGUUUCUUCAGUGUUGCCACUUAGUCUUUGGCGAUGAACAUAAGUGGUCAAAGUUGGCACAUUUGCUCGUAUCUCAAAUUUGCCGCUCCAUUGAAGGCGAGAUAUAUCAUGAAAUCGGAUUUCAAGACGAAGGCGAUCGUAAUGGGGAAUAUUGGUAUAGAACUUGUUCAAACUGGACGAAGCACUUCCAGGAAGCUUUUGGGAGUCAGUCCUCUCUUGCUCGGGAGAUGUCUCUAAAUUCUGCUUUUCUCAGACCAAACGCCUCCCGGGCCACUGUGCCUGCAACUCUACCACAAGACGACCCUAAAACCAUAGCUAUAGAGCUUGCCUGGAAUGGGGAGCUUUUACCGAAAAAAGACUCUAUAACCGCAAUUCCCUCCUCGACAAAGUUUCCCACAGUUAAUAAAUAUCAAGGAUACCCCGAAGCACUUCAGAGGCUAGUCUGUGCGGAAGACCCUAGGGAGUCAUUUGAGGAUUUCAUCAAACCCGAGCCCUCCUUUGGAUCUGAGAUUACUGAAACCCGUGCUAGCUCUGAGACCAGCGUCUGGGAACGAGACUACUCUGAGACUAACGAAACCAAAGUCAAUUUCGAAUCAGUAUACGUAAUACAAGUGCUUAACGCCGCUGCUGAUUUGGGAAAUCCAAAACUAGUAGCCUUAUGCAUGGCAAAGCUCACGGACGCAUUCUCUAAAUCUAUCUUAUCAACUGAUAGCUUAGUAAUGGCCCUAAAAGUGGCGGCCUCCGCUGCUGUCAAAAGUCGACAUGGUGCCGUUAUCGACCUAAUGCUUUCUGCGCUGGGUGGGAAUAAAGCAAAACCACUAGAAGAGGCACUAGCUCCAUCAGGACUCAACUACUUACAGAAGUUCUUCAACCCUAGCCUUAGAAUGGCCUGUAAGAAUGGUGCUAUUGAGAUUGUACAUUUGAUCCUAAGCGGCGGAAUCGAUCCUAGGCUUGACGGGGAUUUUGAGUCUCAACCCCUCUACCUAGCUGCCCGUGGCGGCCACACUGACAUCAUAACCCUUCUUUUCUUCUAUGGUGUUCCAUCGAUAUGUGACGGGCCUGAAGGGAAAAACACAUUUUUGCACCACGCUGCUCGGUAUGGGAUGAAAAAAACACUUGAGUUUGUGGUUUCUUCAAAGUUAAACCUUCUCUCGCUGUUAUUCAUCCAAGAUGGUCAAGGAAAUUGCCCAGUGGAAACCGCUAUCAUUACCGGCAAUGAGCUCUUUGCGAUACAGGCAUUCGAGGCUAUGCUUAAAAAUCGGCAGCGGUACUUUGAAGAACCAAAACCAGAUGCAGGGAAGAACCACGGGCAAUCGCUUCUUCAUCUUGCGUGCACACAUGACCUCCCGGAGUUAGCAAAGGUUAUUAUCGCCUAUGGCUUUCAACCCCAUGUGGUCGAUGAACGAAAUUGUUCCGCUUUCCAAACAGCAGCAGCAUAUGGCAGCUGUCAAGUUGGCAAAGUGCUGCUUGAACACGACAAAAAGCGGUUCGUUUCGCAGAGUAUGAAUAAUUCUCCAAUACUAUUGGCUGCGGAACAUGACCGAACACUUUAUGUCAAGCUGCUGCUUGAAAAUGGUGUCGAUAUCGAAGUGCACGAUCUAGUGACCGGAUAUACUCCACUUUUAGCUGCUGCAGCUCAUGGAAGAGUCAAUACAAUCAAACUACUCCUCGAGCGAGGCGCUAAUAUUCUAGCAAAAGAUGGGAGAGGACGAACUUUCAUGCAGAUUUUAACUUUAUUCAGCACCCUAGGCCUGGAGGGCCUGGAUAUCAUUUUUUACAAACAUGAUGCAAACAAAGAGCGCUUAGAACUGCCCGACUGGACACUCGUGUUGACCGCGAUGGCCUCCGAUCUCCCCUAUACGAACCUUAUGUGGAUAUUCAAACGAAUCGAUAAUAACGGAAGGUCUCUACGCGAUCUAGUACCAGAUGCCAAGGCGGGGGGAAUAUUAUUAUCUACCAUGCUCAAGGACUUUAUGAUAUCUAGGCUCAACGAAACAGAGAAAUCCUUGACAAAUUUAUACUUUAAACCUUAUGCCAACGAAAUAAAACUUAUGCUCCCUGAGGCGCCGGCAGAUAUAAGCCAGGGUUUUAGCAAACGGUCAACUAGGGGGUUUGAGGAUUGUAUCGAUCUGGUUCUCAGGCUACUCAAAAGAAACGAUCCGAGUGCUGCCGCUUCAGCUUUAGACGAAAAGGUUUAUCAUGAUCUUUUAGUUUAUGCCGCGGGUACAGGGUGUGGGUAUGCUUGUGAACGACUCUUGAAAUACAUGAAAUUAAAUUCCCACAAGGAACAGCUUGAAAGAGCGCUCCAUCUAGCAUUCUACGGGGGCAGACUCGAUAUUGUUAAAAUCCUUGUCGAUGCUGGAAUUCAAACCAACAAAGCUUUCCAAGGAUCCGGUCUGACUCCGUUAUCCCUAUUUCUUCGAAUUGUAGCUGUCACUCGGAAAAACCAUGGGUACCGGUGGGAAACAAUUUCGUUCAACGAUAGUUUUGAUAUAGGGCCUGAGCCAUGGGGGAGUGAUAUCGAUCUUCUAGAAUGUUUAAAUCUUUUUCUUAGCCCUAAGAUGGAGGUUGCUCCCACCCCGGAAGAAUUAGAAGACGAGCAAUCUCUCCUCCACCUUGCGAUUAUGUGUAAAUCGCCAGAGGUUUUUGCCACGCUUGUGGCUUUUGGCGUAGAGAUCAAUCUUCCCAAGGGGGCUAAGCGACCAAUUCUACACUUUGCACUCUCAUAUAAACCCACAGACCUAAGCUGGAUACGGAUUCUCUGCCUAUACGGAAUCGAUGUUAACGACGUAGAUAGGAACGGGAAAACUGCCCUUUCUAUUGCGAUUGAGGACUCGAAUACGUUGGCGGCAGAAGCAUUAAUUUACAAUGGCGCAAAAUGGAGGCAACAGGAGACAACACCAGAACUCAUAGCAGCUAUUAAAUUUGGUAGCUCUUCCCAUUCGUUAUUCUCGUUUCUAUGCAAACGUCGAAAGAUGAAGAUGCUUGCGAAAGAGUAUCGGAAAUAUAUCAGCAGCCCCAUGGCAUAUGGCUCUAGUCCUAUACACAUUGCUGCAAAGUAUCAUAACGACGAGAUACUUGGGUUUCUUUGGUUGGAAGGGGCCGAUAUGCAUGCUAAAGACAAGCGAGGCCGCAAUGCCCUGAGCUACGCACUUGAAAGCCGAUCAACAAUGCAAUUGCUUUUAAACGUCUGCCGGGUUGACCCGAACGAAAGACAGUGUGAUCAAGAAUAUACCGCCGCCCAUAUAGCUAUCCGCACUAUCUUAGAUCCCAUACAAAUUGCAGAGACCCUGCAUGUUCUCUGGAAUUUCGGCGCAGACUUUAAUUUAAAAGAUAAAGCCGGUAACACACCAGCCAAUUAUAUCACCUUUGCUAGCCGACGCCCAAAAUUACAAAUCCGAGCCGUGGUACUACCUAGCAAGGAAACUUCAAAUGUAGCAUGGGAAGAAGACCUAGAUCUGAGUAGACAGUUGGAACAGGUGUUCGAUAAAUAUCGCUCAGGUGAUGGCGGGUAUUCAAGGAAAAAAUGA